AUGACACUGUCAAACCAAGAUAAAGUUGUCGAUUGGAUCACAAGAGAGGAAUUUGAAGAGAUGGUUGAGGCAUUUAUACGGAGAAAGACAUCCAAAUUUCAGGCGAAAGCUCUAAUUACCAAAGCCACAGUUCAAGACGUAUUACUCGUACUCAAAGAAAAGAAUAGCCAGGUUAGAACACCCAGUUUUAGAUUUUGGGCAAGGAAGAGGUUCGUCUCCCGCAAAGAACAACGAGGUAACUGGGUACUCUGUGCCAGAGAGGAUCACGAUGUGGUUGGAAAGCCAGUCUGCCCUCGAGAAGAGCUAUUUGAUGUGAUUACAGAAGCGCACAUCAAUUCAAAUCAUAGAGGAAGAGAUCCUACCUACGACUGGGUCAAGAAAUCUCGAUCCUAUGUACCUAAAGAAUUAUGCGAUAUCCUUGUCAAAAAAUGCACUCAAUGUGCCAGUAAGCGGAAGACCAAAGAAAGCACGGAUACCCAAGUAGAAAAGCCAAUUGCAACGACUAGGUUCAUGACCAUGCUCAAGAUGACCUUGAUCGAGCAUCGGCUUGGAUCAGAAGCCCCGUUUAUUCUGCAUUUAAAGGAUGUGUACUCAAACUUUCACUGGGCCUAUGCUGUGGAUACUAUACAUGUGCAGUCAGUGAUACCAGCAUUGCACAGACUAUUUUGUCAGUUUGGAACGCCAUCAAUACUAAGCUACAAUUGCCAGUUCACACAAGACAUGAUAAACGCUUUGACGCGUCAUUGGCCUACUCUACGGCUGAUCCACUCUCAAAUUGGCAUAUAUCACUGCACUGAAGAGGACUCAGCAUUUGCACUGCAGUUGUCACAGUGGUUCCAGGGCAAACAACACGUAAAUCACACUGUUUGGCCUGACUGUUUGUUUGAUUUUUGUUGUCAUCUAAAUACCACCACACAUCCCGAGACAGGCAAGAUACCUCAUGACAUUGUGUUUGGAAAAAUGCCGCCUCAGGACGAUAUUCAGCACAUUUGGGGCUCCAUUCUGUCCAAAGUUCGCACAUCUUAUCAGAUCAAUCAGACAACAUCAUUAUAA